UAUUCGUUCGUUGACGAAUCUGCAGAUAUUGUGCAGCAACCUAAGUCCAAUGGACUUGGAGACUUUUUCUAAUAAUUCUCUUGGCGCGCUCACUUUACUAAAUGUCAGUCUAAACAAUAUCGGGUCGCUUUACAUGAAGAGCUUGGAGCCACUGAAGGAACUCAGUUACUUCAUCGCUCAGCAAAACAAGCUGUAUAACCUGACUACCUCACGUCUGAAGAACCUUUUUUUUUUAAACUUACAGAAGAACCGUCUUUUUGACUUUCCGCAAACAUGUGAUCUGGUUACAGGCGAAUCAUUUUUUCCCAACCUAAAACUACUGCUGCUGCAGAAUAACAUGAUUUCAUCAAUAAAGGAUCCUGUCUGUCUUCCGAAUUUGGCGAACCUCUCUCUCUCAUUUAACAGAUUCCUCACUUUUGAAAGCAAUACGUUUGGAAAUGCACGCUUUCCACGUCUUGAAUACCUUGCACUGAUUGAAAUGGAAGAUAAAAUAGUUGGCAUCGAAAGAUUUGCCUUUAACAAUUCUCAGCUGAAGUUCCUGGGUCUUGCCUUAAACUACAUCAACUUGUCUUCUCAGACAGUUCUCCAUGACGACGCUUUUGGUGGAUGUACCGGCAUCACAGCAUUCUAUUUCGAUUACUGUGUAUUUAAGGCAGUAAGUAAAAAAAGAUUUCAAAUACUUUUCCAUCCAUUCAAGAAGAUACAGAGUUGGUAUCUAGGAUAUUGCCAAAUUUCUAGUAUUAGCCAUGAUACAUUUUCACCUUUUGUGAACUUGGAAUCCUUGUAUUUACACGGCAACCUGAUGAAGUUCUUACCAGAUGGAUGUUUUUCGGCGUUGACAAAACUGAAAUUUCUGGCUCUCAACAACAAUCGCAUCAGUGUCAUCUCAAAGAAUACCUUUGACGAGGAGACACGUGACAGGCUACAGAAAAUAUAUCUCAGUGGAAACCCGUUCUAUUGUUCCUGUGAUAUCCGUUGGUUUCAAGAGUGGCUGAGUUCGAGACAAAACCCGCUUGUCAACUAUGCGCAAGAAGGAUACAUGUGUGACAACAUCCUAAAUACUAAUGUUACAUUUUUCCAAAUUAAUGACCAGGCCUGUCUCUUGGGUCAAGCAGCAGCAUCCUUCACCAUUGCUGUCACCAUCAUCGUGCUCUUCGUGUUCAUCAUCUCUGUCACCUGUUUCCGCUAUCGCUGGCAUCUCCGCUUGGUGAUGUACGAGUGGUUUCAUCACAGAGGUCCACAGGAGGGACAACUCCGUCACUUCACGUACGACGUCUUCGUAGGCUACGCUGAGGAGGACAGGAAGUGGGUGCUGCAGGAGUUACUGCCCGUCGUGGAGGGUCAGUGGAACCUUCGCGCAUGCGUGCACGAGCGCGACUUCAUUCCCGGCAAGCACAUCGUGGACAACAUCGCUGACUGCGUGCAGGACAGUCGCAAGAUUCUGAUGGUUUUCUCUCCUGAUUAUGCUCGCAGCGAGUGGUGUCAGUUCGAGCUGAAGUACUGUCAGUGCUGUGUGAUGGACCGUGACGAGGUGUUGGUGCUGGUGUUACUGCACGAGACGGAGUCACGUGACAUGACCAGCGCCAUGUUUGCAGUGAUGAAGACGACGACGUACAUUGAUGGGCGAACACUGUUGAUGCUCUUUAUUUGCGUCUGCAACUCUCAAGGAGUCCAUGUAGACCACUGCUGGGUUGACACGUAUAAUGGAGAGUUCAUGUCCCCAUGCUUUGACGAGGGCCGUUGCCGCUGCAACAACAUUACGGCCGACUGUUCCUCGAAUAACGGCUCUCUGACCUACGUCCCUCGUCUUCCUGUCGAAGCCCAGGUCUUCAACUUCUCCAACAACAACCUGUCUCACAUUCCUGACGGAUUUUUCUCCAACGUGUCGCAAGUGUGGCUGCUGGAUCUCUGCCAAAACGGCUUAACAUCUCUAUCGCCGAGGGCUUUUCAAGAACUGCAAAAAUUGACCACUCUGUUGCUGAACGGUAACUCCUUAGUUUAUCAAGCACUGACUCCUGUUUUUCAUGUUCGUUCGUUAAAGAAGCUGGAGAUAUUGUGCAACAACCUGAGUUCAAUGGACUUGGAGACUUUUUCUAAUAAUUCCCUUGGCGAGCUCAUGUUACUAAAUGUCAGUCUAAACAAUAUCGGGUCGCUUUACAUGAAGAUCUUGGAGCCACUGAAGGGACUCCGUUACUUCAUCGCUCAGCAAAACAAGCUGUAUAACCUGACUACCUCACGUCUGAAGAACCUUUUGUUUUUAGACUUACAGAACAACCGUCUUUUUGACUUCCCACAAACUUGUGACGUGGUUACAGACGAACCAUUUUUCCCCAACCUUAAAUACCUGGUGCUGGACCAGAACAUGAUUUCUUCAAUAAAGGAUCCUGUUUGCCUUCCGGAACUGUUAAAUCUUACUCUCUCAUUUAACAGAUUCCUCACUUUUGAAAGCAAUACGUUUGGAAAUGCACGCUUUCCACGUCUUGAAAACCUUGAACUGGCUCAAAUGGAAGAUAAAAUAGUUGGCAUCGAAAGAUUUGCCUUUAACAAUUCUCAGCUGAAGUACCUGGGUCUUGCCUUAAACUUUAUCAACUUGUCCUCUCAGACAGUUCUCCAUGACGACGCUUUUGGUGGCAUUAUUAGCGGUGAUACAUUUUCACCUUUUGUGAGCUUGGAAUCCUUGUAUUUAUACGGCAACCUGAUCAGAUUCUUACCAGAUGGAUGUUUUUCGGCCUUGACAAAGCUGAAAGUUCUGGUUCUCAACAACAAUCUCAUCAGUAUUAUCUCAAAGGGCACUUUUGCACAGGAGACUCUUGGCAGGCUACAGGAAAUAGACCUCGGUGGAAACCCGUUCUAUUGUUCCUGCGAUAUCCGUUGGUUUCAAGAGUGGAUGAGUUUGCAUCCUCACCAGUUUGGCAACUAUGACCAAGAUGGAUAUAUGUGUGACAACAUCCUAAAUACUCCUGUACAGUUUUUCCAGAUAAACGAUCAGGAGGACACUCGUCACACUUACGACUUUCUGACUUGUGAGCAGCAGACAGGAAGUGAGGCUGUGCAGGAUUACUGCCGUCGUUGGAGUCAAUAG